GGCUGGCUAUUUGAGGCAGGAGGCGGGGGGAAGCAGGCACACGCACACACACACCCCGAGGAGUCGCGCACACGCGUGCUGACACGGGCGCCCAGCCCCGCUGCUGGCUGAAGCUGCCGGGCUGCAGAACCGCAGCCGCGCAGGAAGGGAGGGAGGCGGCAGCGCCUGCUACUCGCCGGGGAGACGUGCCGAUCGGCCCUGGCCUUUCAGACGCAUCCUCCGGCCACGGUCGCUGCGCUGGGCACGGACCCUCACCCCGGGGGCAUCUGAGCAGAACUGAACCUGGGAAAGUUUUGUUCCACUAGCAGAUCGGCGGGAUUUACCGCAUCUGCAGCCCCUCGUCUGAGGAGGAAUUACAAGAUGCGUACUGGGAACUGAAGGCAGCGUUUGUUCGGCCCUUGUUUAAAUACCGUGGCUGGGAAACUCUUGAACUUGCUGGUCUCUCCAGAUCUUUAACCCUUGCACGGGAAAAGGAUUCGAGUUGCCUCUCAAAGAGGUAUCAGUGAUUGGCAGCAGCUCAGCGCUGGCUGGGUUUUAACUCUUGGAAGAUUUCUGUAUUGACUCUGCUGCUUCUCCUUUUCGGUAAACUCUUUGCCUGCAUGAUCCCUGCUGGGGUCUUCCUUUGCAAUCCUGCCUUUGAUCUUUGAGGCUGGGACCUUCUUCAAGCAAAGGUGAGCACUGGCUCGGAUUCAUUAGGGCACCGUAUUGCCUCACAGACAAGGUGCUUUGGGCUUUUGAGCAAAAGCCGCAGUUUAAAAUCAUAAGUAUCCAGGUAAAGGGACCUGACUUUAGAAAAGCUGUUCCCUUGCUCAUGCCACUGCCCCAUGACUGCCUCAAUGGCAGGAUCAUGAAGUGUUUGACUUUCUUUCUUCUGCUUCCAGAGACCUUAAAGAAGUCCAAAAAGAGUGUGAGGUCAAACAGCAAGGUGCCAGCAUGCUAUGAGAUAGUGCCCUUGUCCCUGAAGAAGAAGAUGGCUGCAGAGCUUUACCCUGCCAGCACGAACACCAAUAUUGCAAACAGUAAUAACGCUGCUGCUGCCACUGUCGCUGCUGCUGCCAACAGCAAGAAAAACGCCUUUCAGCUUCAGCAGAGUGCCCAGCCUCCUCCACCACCGCAACUGCAAAACCUUAACAAUAAUAAUUUGGAGAGUUCCAACUGGCAGUCCUUCCACCCCACUCUGCGGGAGAGGAACGCACUGAUGUUCAAUAACGAACUCAUGGCUGAUGUGCAUUUUAUCGUAGGUCCCUUGGGGGCCUCAAAGAAAGUUCCAGCCCAUAAGUAUGUUUUGGCAGUCGGUAGCUCUGUCUUCUAUGCUAUGUUUUAUGGGGAUCUUGCAGAGGUCAGAUCUGAAAUCCAUAUACCAGAUGUGGAACCUGCAGCCUUUCUAAUCUUAUUAAAGUAUAUGUAUAGUGAUGAAAUUGACCUGGAAGCUGACACAGUGCUUGCUACCUUGUAUGCUGCCAAGAAGUAUAUCGUCCCAGCCUUAGCAAAGGCUUGCGUCAAUUUUCUGGAGACUAGCUUAGAGGCUAAAAAUGCUUGUGUUCUGCUGUCUCAGAGCAGACUCUUUGAGGAGCCAGAAUUGACCCAGCGCUGCUGGGAAGUAAUUGAUGCUCAAGCAGAAAUGGCAUUGAAGUCAGAAGGCUUCUGUGAAAUUGAUCAACAAACACUUGAGAUCAUUGUAACCAGGGAAGCACUAAAUACUAAGGAGGUGGUAGUUUUUGAGGCUGUUCUUAAUUGGGCAGAGGCUGAAUGCAAAAGACAAGGGCUACCAAUUACACCAAGGAACAAGAGGAAUGUAUUAGGAAAAGCUUUAUAUUUGGUGCGAAUUCCCACAAUGACUUUGGAGGAGUUUGCCAAUGGAGCUGCUCAAUCUGAUAUCCUUACCCUUGAGGAAACGCAUAAUAUAUUCUUAUGGUAUACAGCUUCAAAUAAACCCAAGCUAGACUUUCCACUGACAAAAAGGAAAGGACUUGUACCUCAAAGAUGCCAUCGAUUUCAAUCAUCUGCAUAUCGUAGUAACCAAUGGAGGUACAGAGGUCGCUGUGACAGUAUCCAAUUUGCUGUAGAUAAAAGGAUAUUCAUAGCAGGACUAGGCUUGUAUGGGUCAAGCUGUGGCAAAGCUGAAUACACUGUCAAAAUUGAACUUAAGCGUCUAGGAGUUGUUCUUGCUCAAAAUCUGACAAAGUUUACCUCUGACGGAUCCAGUAACACUUUCUCUGUGUGGUUUGAACACCCUGUGCAGGUUGAACAAGACACAUUUUACAACGUAAGUGCCAUUCUUGAUGGCAAUGAACUUAGUUAUUUUGGACAAGAGGGAAUGACUGAAGUACAAUGUGGAAAAGUAACAUUCCAAUUCCAGUGCUCCUCAGAUAGUACCAAUGGAACUGGAGUACAAGGAGGACAAAUACCUGAACUCAUUUUCUAUGCAUGAUGCAUUUCCCUUUGAUUGUACUCCAGUACUGCUAUUCACACUAAGGGGAUUUUUUGAUUACUACAAAACUCCACAGCAGUGUGGAAUGUUACACUACUUAUCUACUACAUCAGGCUAUCAAAAUAAGUGAAGGAAUGCUCUUGAAUUUAAUCUUAUUUUAUUUAUUCAUAAGAUAUUUGACUAAAUUAAAACUGCAACAUGCAGAAAAAUGUUAAAUUCUGCACGUAUUGUGCAUUUAUUUUGUAUAUAGAUAACUAACUUGCAGAUUGCAGCUGACUCAAGCAGGAUGUUCUAAACUAGAGCAGUUUAUGAAUCUGUGAAAUAUAAAACAUUUUUACUUGCCCUUAAACCUGUGUACUUGAUCAUUACUGAUCUUGUGGCUCAUGUCCAUGUUAUUAUAGCUACAGUACAGUUUACAGUGGUGGGACUCUUAAGAAAAUAAUAAACAGAACAUUCUGACUAUUGUGUUUGUCUACAAAGGGCAUAAAACAAUUAGCACAAAUAUAGAGGUUGCUUUGCAAGAUAACUAAAGCUCUCCACAAACCAUCAAACUACAAUUUCAUCCCGUCUGAGGUAAUGUUUUAAGGAAGCACCGUUUUCUUAAACUUCAGUGACAAAGCAAAAAGAUGGGACUAUAAAGCUGAUUUUAAAAAAAUCCUAAGCUUUUAUUUGAAACCUUACAAGCUUUCAUUCAGAUUAAGUUCUCUACAGCUAUUGCAUUUGCUCUUUGUAUAGUUAGGGAAGCUUUAGAUUAAAUUGACAUCUGUCCCAUUUUCAAGUGCAUUGCAACAGACUGGCUUAAUGUCUAGGACCUUGCCUAUAACCAGUUAAAAACAGACUGAUUAAAUUGGUACAGAAACUGUGUGGACUUAGAAUAAUUAGAAACCAAAGUAUGAAGUAAGAACUUUGACUCAGUUAUGUAGAUUUGGUAUAAAUUACAGUACUAAUAAAUGCAGUUUAUAUACUUUUUUUAAAAUGUACAAAAGCCUACCAAAGGAGUAAAGAAAUGAAACAUGUCAUUAAUUAAACUGCCUGAAUUCAGGCACUAAAUUGAGAGAGAGAGAAGCAGUCUGGUAAAAAUUUAAUAGUACAUUUUAAAUUCCUGAUGUGAGUGUAACCCACCUAAAAAGGCCACAGGGCUAAGCACCUUCUUUGCUUUUUUUUCCAUACAGCUUACAAGUGAAAAAAAAUCUCUCAAUGUACCUUAUCACUUAUUUACACCUGUUGAGCAAAUUCUAGGAUACAGACUAUAAAAAAAAAGAUGGAAGUAGCUUUUUCUAUCAUUAGAGAUUAGGCAAUUGAAAAUAUUUACUAUGUGCUAUAAGCAGGACCCCUUUCUCUUGUAGCAGUGACCUUCGAAAAAAGUACCCAACAGCUAACAGAACUAGAGAUUUUUCCUGGUAUAAAAAGUACCACUAACAUUUACUUUAAAAGCUUUCCUGUUUUACAGACACGUAUUUACUGACUGCUCUAUGUUAGACAAUUCAAAUACAAACUAUAAUAUAUGGCUUCCUAUUCUGUUUUUGCAAAUGGGAGUGCAAAAUACUCAAAGAGCUGGAUUUCCACUGCAAAAAUCAGAGGGAGAAUAUUCUUUUCAUCAAGCAAUAACAUAUGCAGAGUUAAUUGGCCCAGUGACUUGGCUGAUAGCUGUGUAUUAUCACGAUAUCCGGACUCCAUGAUUACUGAACUCAAUAUUUGGAGAGGUGAUGCUUAGUUUCUAGAGAUAGCAAUGUUUUCAAGUGCUCCUCAAUGACUAGCUAUAAGAGUGAAGUUGCUUGUUUGCUGAUGCCAAAAAGUCUCAAUCUCAUGGAGGAAAUAAAGGAAAAAGAAAUACCAGAAUAUAAAGGCAGGUAACAGUCCUGUGAUACCCUUAUGAACCACUCCCUUUAACUGGAGUUAGCAAGAUUUUCUGUGGCUCACACAUGGUAGAUUGUAACAAAGUACUGAAACGUAAUGCAUAUACUGCUGUAUGGAGCUGCUACUACCAAAAGCAAAUGUUAAUAUAUGUUAGUUUUAAAACUAUUUUCAUACAAUACAACCUGUUCUUAUUUUAACCAUCACAUUUUCAAAAAACAGUUUUCAAGAAAACUGAUUACUGUCAUUCUCUAAAAAUAAAGCUUCACAUUUUCCAUAAAUCCUCUUGUAUUUCAAGUGCUGAUAAAAUCCGCUUCAGGUAGUGAACACAGUAAAUUUAACAAA